AGGAUUUUACGAUUUUCUGACCAUCGACAUGCAAAUUUCUACAAUUUUUCAAGUUAGCGUCUUAUUAUUGUUUUAUUUUUUGACAGCAGUAUACGCACUGAAAUGUUUCCAAUGCAACUCUUUCGACAAUCCAGAAUGCCUGACGCUAAAAAAUAACGACACGGAUUCAGAACAUUACAAGGAAUGUCCAAAACUCGAGGGAAAUGUGACAUUCUGCCGAAAAUUAUAUCAACAACUUGAGAAUGACGAGAAAACCGAGCGAGUUAGAAGGAGUUGCGGAUGGAUCCUUCACAAGGAGCCCAAGGAUCAUUGUUGGAGGGCAGACACUGAUUUCAAGAAGGAAAGGAACUGCCAAUGUUUUGGAGACGCUUGCAACACCUCAUAUCGUACAGAAUAUAGUUUUAGUGCAUGUUUGGUUGCUGUAGUUGCUUUCCUUCUGUAUAUAUGAAUGGAUUGAAAAUUAUUAAUACAAUUAUUGAAAUCAUUUUUUGAUAUGCUAUAAGGAAGACAUUACAACAAUUUAAUUUUUUUUAAUGUGUUGGAUAUGGUGUUUACUCUAUUCCAUGCCUAAUGGAAAGUUGACAUAAUUUUUCCCGAAUAAAAACUUAUAAUUUUUUA